GGGGAGAGUUUGGAGGUUAAAGGCUGUCCUUGCUCAGAUGGUUGGUGCACUUUCCCCUUCUCCUCCCUCCCCUGACGGUUAUGUACCGCCGCUGACUAUGGUGGUGCUCUUGCACCGACUCUGUGGUGUCACUGCGCUGGGAGCCGCUGCUCGGAGACUCGGCUCGUUGUGUUUUUACUCUAGAGGUGCCAUCAGACAACCUGAGACCCUUCUCAAGGCAGGGAUGAAGGUUGAACUGUUGCCAGCACUGCAGGAUAACUAUAUGUAUCUCCUCAUUGAUAAGGAUUCCGGAGAGGCCGCGAUAGUCGAUCCUGUGGAGCCACAGAAGGUGGUCGCUGCAGUUAAAAAGCACGGUGUAAAGCUGACCACUGUCCUUACCACACACCAUCACUGGGACCACGCUGGGGGAAAUGAGGAUUUGGUGAAGAAAGUGCCUGGCCUCAAGGUCUAUGGUGGGGACGAUCGCAUCGGAGCUCUCACCUGCAAGGUCACACACAAGAAGAAGUUCCAGGUUGGCUCGUUGAAUGUGGAGUGCCUGUUUACUCCUUGUCACACAACAGGACAUAUCUGCUACUUUGUGACCAAAGAUAAUAGUACUGAGGCCCCCGCUGUGUUCACUGGUGACACACUCUUUGUUGGUGGCUGUGGUAAGUUCUUUGAAGGGUCGGGCGAGGAGAUGUAUCGAGCCCUGAUCGACAUCCUCGGCAGCCUGCCACAUGAAACCAGGGUGUACUGCGGCCACGAGUAUACAGUCAACAACCUUAAAUUUGCACAACAUGUUGAACCAAACAAUGCAAUGAUCAAACAAAAGCUAGCCUGGGCUAAGGAACACUACAAACUUGGAAAUCCCACCAUCCCAUCCACCAUUGGAGAGGAGUUCAGUUAUAACCCUUUCAUGAGAGUCAGGGAAAAAAGUGUGCAGGACCACGCUGGGACGAAGGAUGCAAUUUCCACAAUGGAUGCAAUCAGGAAAGAAAAGGACCGUUUUAAAGUCCCGGUGGAUUAAUUAAAAGGUGCGACCAGGUCACGGGCUUUCAAUACACAUUGACUUCUGCACCUAGUAUAAUGGUGUAAAAUAUAUUCAGUAAUAAAUCUUCUAAAUAAAUUGUAUUUGCUUUGCUUUGUGGUCACGGUGGUGCAGCGGUAGAGUCGCUGCCUUACAGCGAAUGCCGCGCCGGAGACCCGAGUUCGAUCCCGACUACGGGUUCCGUCUGCACGGAGUUUGUGCGUUCGCCCCGUGACCUGCGUGGGUUUUCUCUGAGAUCGUCAGUUUCCUCCCACACUCCAAAGACGUACAGCAGGCUAAUUAUCUUGGGAAAUCGAAAAAUUGUCUCUAGUGGGUGUUAAUGUGCGGGGAUCGCUGGUCGGCACGGACCUGGUGGGCCGAAGGGCCUGUUGCCGCGCUGUAUCUCUAAGCAACUCUAGACAAAUGAAAUAUGUACAAUAUAUGUUGCAAAACAUACUUGGCUAAUAACGUAUGAUAGUUAUGAUUAUGGUAUCUAAUUUUCAUGUGUUGUAGAUGAAUGAAAAUUGUAACAUGUUCUUUCACUUCUGUCAGAGAGAUGAUUCUCUUUUGCUCCAUUUCUCUCUCCAUCUUUUAGUCUGCUUUUAACUUGACUUGCUUGCUGCCAUUUUCUUAGAAGCCAAGCGAUUUAAGUGACUGUAUACCUGAGCAAAAAGUCCCAGUCACUUCGCACUGAGACCUGUCAGCCCUGUUUUACCGAAGCAUGGAAAGCAAAUGUUACAUCGUAAAUGGAUGGCCAGGGAUUGAAAGACCACAACUCUGCCGAUGACCGCACAGCGUCGCAAUCUGAAAGUAGCCGCGGUCUCCCGGGCUCUCUGGACAAAGAUUAUGGAGCAAAGAAUCAUUAAAUGUGUAAAUAAAUUAAAUCAGAUUCUUUCUAUAGCUGCAUGCUAUUUGCAGUCACCUUAUUUUAGAAACAUAAUUCUAUCCCUGCUAUGUUCUGGGCACUGAAGCCCGUUUGCACAGUGGCGCAGCAGGUGGAGCUGCUGCCUCACAGCCCCGGGUUCGAUCCUGACUUCAGGUGCCGUGCUGUCUGUGUGGAGUUUGCACGCCCUCCCUGUGACCGCGCGCGUUUCCUCCGGGUGCUCCGGUUUCCUCCCACGUCCCCAAGACGUGCGGGCUUGCAGGCUAAUUGGCCACUGUAAUUUGUCCCCAGUGUGAAGGGAGUGGAUGGGAAAGUGGGAUAGCAUAGAACUAGUGUGAGCGGGCUGAAUGGUUGGCGGGCUGGAUGGUCAGCGUGGACCCGGGGGGCUGAAGCCUCUGUUUCCAGGUGCUGUAUCUUUCAAUCCCUUCCAUCAAUUUGAAGUAGCUUCAAGCUUCUGAUUUACAAAAUCCUAAAUACAAAAAUAUAUUUGUAUCCGACUGGUCCCAACGCGAGUGUGAAAAAGUGUGAAUAGUAAAAGUAAAAAAUUAGAUGAUUUUGAAUUAAAUGUAAUCAUAUUGAAUUUUUGCAAUUAAUUUUAGCGAUUCAUUUAAUAUCAGUUAAGAAUGUCGCUGUGGGAAGGAACAAAAACUGAUGUCAUUAAAUAAAAUCCAGAGUGCGUUUGAAUGUGAUACAUGGAUAUAUUUCCCUCUUGUUCUCUGCGACAUUAGAAUUGUUCCACUGGACACAUUUAAAAAAAAGAUAUAUAUAUAUGUUAUUACAGAUUUCACUUAGUCUUCAAUGUCAGUUUAUUGUCACAUGUACCAGUUAAGGGUCUGCCCCACUGUACGAGGUAAUUCAAGAGUUCUCCCCUGAUUCGAGCUCAUGUAAUGUCCACUAGUAAAAAAAUACUUGUGAUGAAAAAAAAUGUUUACUUUUUACUUGUACGAGCCCCUAGGUGCCCGCUACGUAUAUUACACCAGCUCGAAACGGGAGAGAACUCGGGAGAACUCUUGAAUGACCUCAUACAGUGGGGACAGGCCAUUUAAAGUCCAGUGAAAUUUGACUUCCAUCUUGGGAUUUUUCAUUGUACAGUGGAAUUGAUAUAUCUAAAGUCAACGGCUGUGGGGACUGAUAAAGAAUGUAAGAACCCUUGUUUGUAGUCCCAACGAAAAUGCUUAACACAAAGUGCUGGAGUGACUCAGCGGGUCAGGCAGCAUCUGUGAAGAAUGUGGAUAGGUGACAGGUACAAGAUACUGAGUUGGAUGAUCAGCCCUGAUCAUAUUGAAUGGCGGUACAGGCUUGAAGGGCCGAAUGGCCUACUCCUGCACCUAUUUUCUAUGUGACAUUUCAGGCCAGGACCCUUCUUCAGACUGAUUCAGUAAUCUGCUGUCUUUUGUUUGUAAACCAGCUUCUGAAGUACCUCGUGUCUUCACAAAUAUUUAGUUCCUUUCAAUGAUAUGACCUAGAAUCUUAAGUGUAAACAAAAUAGAAACGCUAUGUAUGUGCUGGACCAGCUUUGAGAAACCCAGAUUUGUUCCCUGUCACAGUCUGAAUAGAGUCCCGACCCGUGUUCUCCCGAGAUGCUGCCUGACCCGCUGAGUUACUCCAGCACUGUGUGUCCAAAACUAACCACUGUUUAACGCUCUGCUAACUUAUACCUUUUACGUUCGGCUCUUCCAGAAUGCAGUUUUGUUUUUAACCGAGAUUGGCCACUUCCUCAGUAAGUAUCAGAUAGUCUAUAAGAAAACUACAGGGCUCAUCUCAAUCGAAGAAAUUUCAUGCUGACUUUUCUGCCGGGCUUUAGAAUUAUUCCGUAGAUCUGUCCAGCACUCGGCUUGAAGAAACAAACUGUGUUCCUUUUCAUCUUGAUUAGCAUCCCUGUGUGGAAUCUGUGUGGUAAGAUGUUUCUCCGUUGACAAUAUACCUGCUGAUUGUGGUUUUGUUUUUCAUUGCGUUAUUGUCAAUUUUUGAGAAGUUAUAAAGAAAAUAAAUGAAUAAAUAAAAUGCUUUGUGCUGUU